AUGUCAUAUUCUGGAAAAACAUUGUCGUCCGUGUCUAAGAGAGUGGAACACAUCCGGUUUCGGAACAAAGCAACCCAGCACGAUAGAUCUAACGCCGAACGCCGAGCAAACGUAUGGAAAAACAUUUUAGACGACGUUUGCGAUCAGUGUUCGUUGCACGGCCUCAACCACAUCGUAGGAAAGAACCGGAGCGCCGGAGAAAAAGCGUUCUGGUCAGUAACUGUAAUAUGCGCUAUGCUGUUUGCAACUUACGCGAUCGUCGAAUCGUGGAAAACGUACAAAAAAAGUACAAUCGACACGGUGGUCGAAACGACAUUUUUAAGCUACGCCGAUAUAGCGUUUCCGAUGGUAGUAAUAUGUGACAGUUCAAGAGUGGACUGGGAACGGGUCAUGCAGUUGACCGCAAAAGACGUGCCGGGAAUCAAACCGAGUCAAUUGCCCGUCGUGAGAAAAUUGUUGAAAACGUUCUCUGUGGUAUCGUAUGGCGAUUUUGAUGAGUUCGACGAGCUGAAGAACAUUCCUGAAUUACCUAAGCUUAUCGGACUAAACCUCACCGAACUUCUAGUGAAGGUAAUGAGGCCGUGCGAGGAAGUUUUUUCCCAUGGUGGUUGUUGGUGGAAUUUCAAACGAGUGAACUGCUGUGACGUGUUCGAGUUGCAGCGCACCGAAUUCGGCCUAUGCCAUUCGUUUAAUUCCGAUUUUUCCGAGUAUAGUAGAGCAAGACUCGGUGCGGACUCGGGUCUAAUUGGGGCGUUUUGGCGAACAGAGUCCGGAGAACUCCGACCAAGAAGGACGGGCGACAAUGGUCAGUGGUCUGGUGUCAGGAUGUACGUAUCAACAAUGUCCCCGGGACAGAUCGCCCCCGGAGUGGACGCCAAACCAUCGACGCGGAUAAUGAUUGGUGAACCCAGAGGCGCUCCGCUUGGAUCGGAUAUGGUCGUGACGGCGGGUAGUAUUGGCAUCGUUCACGUGUGGGGAGAUAGGAUAUACAACACGCAGAGGACGAAAAGACUGAAGCCAAAAAUGCGACGGUGUCUUUUCGCCGAAGAGAGUUCCACCAGAAUGGGUACAAAUUACUACUUGCGGAGGAAUUGCAAGACAGCGUGUUACAUGGAUCACGUGAUUCAUCACUGCGGCUGUUAUUUGGAGUUCAUGUUUGGGCUCAUGAAUCAAAACACUACAUUGCGGCCAUGCAACGUCGAAGAUUUGUUAUGCCUGUCUGAGAAAAACCAAUUCUUCAAAAGUCUUAUUCCGUCCGAACAAACUGCGCUUAUGACAAGUAAUCUGCCCGGAAUGAAAUGCGAUUGCAUGCCAGAUUGCGUUCACCAAAUGUACUUGUCUGAACUAACCAUUGCCGAACCAUCCAUAUCGACAGUGCUAAAUUCGUCGUCGUCUAUACUGAUUGACGCACACUUCAUACAGAGCACAUGCAUACUUUACAGAUCGGACUUGGUCCUCGGAUGGCUCGACUUGUUGGUUUCGUUUGGAGGUUGCGCUGGUCUGUUUCUGGGUGGGUCUUUGUUGAGUUUCAUCGAACUUAUAUAUUUUUUGACUUGGAAGGCCUAUUACCAUUGGCGUCAAACACCGUCGACUACGAUCGUCACCUCUAAAUCGAAAAAAAAACGCAAAGGUCGUAUAAUCGUGGACACUUGGACGAUUGACGAUACUCAAACGCAUAACAUCGGUGAAGAUACUCGUAUUUCAUAUCAUUUAUAG